AUGGUGAAUGAAGAGUUGAAGAAGAGUCCUGUUAAUGGAGAAAAACGCGAGGAGUUGUUCAGCCCAAGAUUCAAAUCAAUGGCUGCAAUGGCGGGUUGGGACGAAGAGGCACUUCUGAUAGCUAGUUUUGGUGUGGAAGAAACUCCUGAUCGACAGCAUAAACAAAAGAAACUUACUGGCUUGCAGCAUUUUGUGACUCCACCUACGAAUUCCAGAAGGAAACGAAGGACAAGCCCUGCUUCCGUAGGCAUUGCUGUUGUUGAUCUUGAUGAUGAUGACACUGCAAAAACAGAAAUUGAAAAGAAAGAGCAAAGAUUCACUGGAGAAGGAGUUGAAGCAUCAGAAGAACAGGACUCCUGUGUUUCCUCUUCUGGUUCAGCCAUUCUGUGCAUGGAUCCACUUCGUGAAGAACUUUCUUGUGCCAUCUGUUUGGAGAUAUGUUUUGAACCGAGUACCACUCCUUGUGGACACAGAAAGUGUUUGCAAUCUGCUGCAGACAUAUGUGGGACGCGAUGCCCCAAGUGCAGACAGCUUAUCAGCAAUGGAGGAUCUUGCACUGUGAACACAGUCCUUUGGAAUACAAUUCAACUACUAUUUCCAAAAGAAGUAGAAUCAAGACAAGAAGCUGGAGAUUUAAAUAGUAAAGAAGGUCAGCAUCAAAAUCCAGCAAGAAACGGAGAUAUUAGUUUAAGGACAAGUAUAGAAUUACCACCAAGCCAGGAUGAGGAUGCUGCCUGGGCAUUGCAACUGCAGAGAGAGGAGUAUUCACGAGGAGACAUUUAG